UUUCCCAAUCCCUAAAAGGGACUUUGCCUCGUUUUCCGGGCUCCGCAGGGCAGCCACUCUGGACCCCGGCUCGCUGACCCUCAAGGCUGACGAUCUGCAGGGGGACUUGGAGACCUGCUUUCUCCCUCCUUGCGCGGACUGGGGGGAACAUUCCAGUGCACGCGAGGCGUCUCUGCUGCGACCAGCAGUCUGCCUGGCUGCCACCCGCCGGACCCCGAAAGCGCGCGGGCGAGCAGGGCCGGAGCUGUGGUCGCCCAGGGCGCGCCCUUCAGGAUGCUGACCCGCCCAGUCCGCUGAAAUCGAGCGCUCCUCUUCGGCUCGAGCGCCGGCGCCUCCUCCACCUCGCCGCUGAGGCUUCGCUCAGCCGGGGCAGUCCCCACCGAUUCUUUCCCUUCUCGCGCCUCGCUCUCACUCUCCAGGCCUUCCUCGCUCCCCUGGCCGCAGUCCGUGCGCGCAGGCGGUGGCGAGCGGUCUUGGACGCAGCAUGCAGGCGCGCUACUCGGUGUCCGACCCCAACGCCCUGGGAGUGGUGCCCUACUUGAGCGAGCAGAAUUACUACCGGGCAGCGGGCAGCUACGGCGGCAUGGCCAGCCCCAUGGGCGUCUACUCAGGCCACCCGGAGCAAUACGGCGCGGGCAUGGGCCGCUCGUACGCGCCCUACCACCACCACCAGCCCGCGGCGCCCAAGGACCUGGUAAAGCCGCCCUACAGCUACAUAGCUCUCAUAACCAUGGCGAUCCAGAAUGCGCCAGAGAAGAAGAUCACCCUGAACGGCAUCUACCAGUUCAUCAUGGACCGUUUCCCCUUCUACAGAGAGAAUAAGCAGGGCUGGCAGAACAGUAUCCGCCACAACCUUUCGCUCAAUGAGUGCUUCGUCAAGGUGCCUCGCGACGACAAGAAACCUGGCAAGGGCAGCUACUGGACGCUGGACCCUGACUCCUACAAUAUGUUCGAGAACGGCAGUUUCCUGAGGCGCCGGCGGCGCUUCAAAAAGAAGGACGUGCCCAAGGAGAAGGAGGAGCGGGCCCACCUCAAGGAGCCGCCCCCGGCAUCCUCCAAGGGCGCCCCGGCUGGGCCCCCCCUAGCGGACGCCCCCAAGGAGGCCGAGAAGAAAGUGGUGAUCAAGAGCGAGGCUGCAUCGCCUGCGCUGCCGGUCAUCACCAAGGUGGAGACGCUGAGCCCCGAGAGCGCGCUGCAGGGCAGCCCACGCAGCGCGGCCUCCACCCCGGCGGGCUCUCCGGACGGCUCGCUGCCAGAGCAUCACGCACCGGCGCCCAACGGGCUGCCCGGCUUUAGCGUGGAGAACAUCAUGACGCUGCGAACGUCGCCGCCGGGCGGCGAACUGAGCCCCGCGGCCGGGCGCGCUGGCCUGGUGGUGCCCCCGCUGGCGCUGCCCUACGCUGCUGCGCCGCCGGCAGCCUACGGUCAGCCGUGCGCUCAGGGUCUGGAGGCGGGGGGCGCGGGGGGCUACCAGUGCAGCAUGCGCGCCAUGAGCCUGUACACCGGGGCCGAGCGGCCGGCGCACAUGUGCGUCCCGCCCGCCCUGGACGAGACCCUCUCGGACCACCCGAGUGGCCCCGCAUCACCGCUGAGCGCCCUCAACCUCGCUGCCGGCCAGGAGGGCGCGCUCGCUGCCGCGGGCCACCACCACCAGCAUCACGGCCACCACCACCCACAGGCGCCGCAGCCCCCGCCUGUUCCGCAGCCCCAGCCCGCGCCGCAGCCCGGGUCGGCCGCGGCCCCGGCGGCUUCCUGGUAUCUCAACCACAGCGGGGACCUAAACCACCUCUCUGGCCACACAUUCGCGGCCCAGCAGCAGACUUUCCCCAACGUCCGGGAGAUGUUCAACUCUCACCGGCUGGGAAUUGAAAACUCGACCCUCGGGGAGUCCCAGGUGAGCAAUGCGAGCUGUCAGCUGCCCUACAGAGCCACGCCGUCCCUCUACCGCCACGCAACCCCCUAUUCCUACGACUGCACAAAAUACUGAAGCGCCCCAGCCCUUCCCUGCUCUGGGCCUCGCCUCCAGACGCGACCCUCUCAGACUUCGAAGGCUGCAGACAGUGACGCACAAAGAAACAAAUCAUGCCCACCGACUCUUUCUCAGACCCGGGAGCAGAGAGCUCGUGCGCCCGCCUCCAGCCGUCUGCGAAGCGUCUAUGAAGCGUGCAGGUAACUUUAGUCCGCCGCCCCGUUUUUGAGAUCCCAGGAAGUCCCUCUAAAGGGACGCAGCCCAGCGAGAUGAAUACCGAUUUUUAAAAUCCCCUUCCCCUACCAGGACGCUGUGCUUUUCUCUACUUGGGGUUUCAAAGAUCUAAAUUAUGGACCAAAUACCAUAGCGACCAUUAAUGACUUUCUGUAGAAACCCCCACAGGUGUAUGGGAGUCUCUAUAGAUAAUGUAUGUGCUGUGUGUAAUUUUAAAUUUCUCUAACCGUGCUGUACAAAUGUGUGGAUUUGUAACCAGGCUAUGUUGUUGUUCAGAGCCAUUAAUAUAAUAUUUAAAGUUGAGUUCACUGGAUAAUUUUUCAUCUUGCCCAACCAUCUCUACCAAUUGAAUUUAAGAAAUCUCUGUGGGGGUUUUCUUGUACAAUUAUGAAAUACAAUUCUUUACCCCAUUGUAGGUCUUUUACAAAACAAGAAAAUAAUUUAUUAUAAUUUUUUUUUUGGUCAGUGGAUAAAGAAGUCAAGUAUCUGAUACUUUUUAUUUACAAAGUGUGAUGGUUUUGUAUAGUAGAUUCCACCCUCAGUAUUCCUACAAGAAAAAAAAAACUUUAAAAAUUUUAACUUCAUCUGUGUUUGUCUUAUGUGGUCUUAAUUGUUGUAUUUACCUAAAAUAAACCCAUGUCGUUUUUUUG